AUGACCUCAAAAGGGGACAAAAACCUGGGUAGCUCUGACAAAGAGCUGGCUGUUAAAGCCAAAACAGAGUUCAACAAGGGCAACUACUCCAACUGCCUGCAAGCGAAGCUGCGGCCUGAACGGUUGGAGACGCUGGAGGAUGUGGACAACUGCAUCCUCUACUACAACUACGCCGUCAUCCUGUACCACUUGCGCCAGUAUCGGGCCGCGCUGGGCAUCGUCAGCAAAAUCUUCCGCUACAUCGAGCCCCUCGUCGCGCCUAGGCCGGCACGGACCGAGGAGGCACCGCCACGCACCAUGAACACGUCGGUGACGCUCUCGAGUGGGCAGCGGAUGCCGCUGUUGGGGCUGGGCUGCUCGCGUGCGUCGAGCCAGGAGGUGGCGGACGCUGUGGAGACCGCCCUGCUAGCCGGCUACCGGCACAUCGACACCGCGUACUUCUACCGGAACGAGGACGGCGUCGGAGAGGGCAUCCAGGCCGCCCUGAAGUCGGGCAAGAUGACCAGGAGCGACCUCUUCGUGGUCACCAAGCUGCCCAUGAUCGCCAUGCAGGUGGAAUGUCACGUCUAUUUCCAGCAGCGUGCACUGCGCGAGGCGUGCAAGAAGCACAACAUUGCCAUCACAGCGUACGCUCCGUUGGGCUCCCCCGGCCGCAAGGUGCUGUACGAGAGCCACGGUGUGACCUUGGAGCCACCGGACCUGCUGAACAACCCGGUGGUUUGCCUGGUGGCGCAGAAGCACAAGCGGACAGCAGCGCAGGUUCUGCUGCGCUUCCUGGCCCAGCAGGACAUCAUUGUCAUCCCCAAGUCGACCAAGGCGACGCGGAUCCGUGAGAACGGAGACAUCUUCAGCUUCCAGCUUGACGAGCUGGACAUGGCGGCACUGAGUUCGCUGGACCAGGGCGAGCCGGGUAGAACCUUCCGCAUGCACAUGUUUCCUGGCGUCAGCGAUCAUCCGGAAGCUCCCUUUUAG